GAAAAUAAGGCAAAAAGACAUCCCCUCCAAAAAAAAAGCAGAGAGGUGGAUUGAACGAGAGAUUAAGAGAUCUUGCCUCUGUGGCAGGCGCAGAGGAGCGGUAUAAUGACAGUCCGCGGUGACGCUUCAAUGAAAUAUCCGGGUGCUGAAAUGCGCAGAAGCACCGCUGCAACUGCGUUUCCGCGUUGACUGAAUAGAAAAAGGGGAGGGGAGGAAGAACGGAGAGCGAGCAGCGGAGACGCAGUGGGACACGGAGUCCGAGAAAAUUACACCGACGCACCACAGCCACACAAUAAAUAGAGAAUUGACUCAAAAAUUGCGCGUCAACGAGCCCGACCCAAACGGGGCACGGCUGAAACCCUUUUUACCAUGGAGACAGCUGUGAAAACACAAUUUAAAAUGUGAAAUUUACGGAGGAAACCUCAAUAGAGCGAGAGAGUGGCUUUACCCCAUUAUCUUGAGCGGGUGAUCUCAGUUGGUUGGUCCGUCGUCAUUGCAGUGUUUCUGGGGUAAAAUGAAGAAGUUUAACAUCAGGAAGGUGCUAGACGGCCUAAAGGAGCAGGCGUCUUCCUCGGCUUCGUCUGUCCAGUCGGGCGCCCCGGAGAACAAUUUGAUGCAGGAGACCCUCCAAUCCGAGAAUUUUCAGCUCUGCAAGACUGUCCGUCAUGGCUUCCCCUACCAGCCGUCGGCAAUGGCCCAUGACCCUGUCCAGAAGAUCCUGGCCAUUGGAACCCAGAGCGGGGCCCUCCGACUGUUUGGUCGUCCAGGUGUGGAGUGCUACUGCCAACAUGAGAGCGGAGCCGCGGUGAUCUCUCUACAGUUCCUCAUAAACGAGGGGGCGCUGGUGAGUGCUUUGGCUGAUGACAGCGUGCACCUGUGGAACCUGAGGCAGAAGCGGCCCGCCAUCCUCCACUCACUGAAAUUCAACAGAGAGAGGAUUACAUUUGUCCACCUGCCCUUCCAGAGUAAAUGGCUGUACAUCGGCACGGAGAAAGGAAACAUCCACAUCGUCAACGUGGAGUCCUUCACCCUCUCAGGCUAUGUCAUCAUGUGGAACAAAGCCAUCGAACUGUCCUCCAAGGCUCACCCAGGUCCUGUGGUCCACAUAAGUGACAACCCAAUGGAUGAGGGGAAGCUUAUAAUUGGAUAUGAGUCUGGGAUCGUGGUCCUGUGGGAUCUGAAAUCAAAGAAGGCAGACUCCCGCUACACUUACGACGAGGCAAUCCACUCAGUUGCCUGGCACCACGAGGGCAAGCAAUUCAUCUGUAGUCACUCGGACGGAACGCUGACCAUAUGGAACAUUAAGGGCCAGGGCAAGCCAUUUCAGACAAUCACCCCGCACGGAAAACAGCCUAAGGAUGGAAAGAAGCCAGAACCCUGUAAACCCAUUCUAAAAGUGGAAUACAAGACCACCAGACUGGGCGACCCCUUCAUGAUCCUGUCUGGUGGUCUGUCAUAUGACACGGUGGGACGGCGGCCAUGUCUGACAGUGAUGCACGGCAAAAGUACUGCUGUCCUGGAGAUGGACUACCCCAUCGUUGACUUCCUCACGCUUUGUGAGACGCCAUAUCCUAACGAUUUUCAGGAACCUUAUGCUGUAGUGGUCCUUCUUGAAAAGGAUUUAGUGGUGAUCGACCUUGCACAAAAUGGUUACCCCAUUUUUGAGAACCCCUAUCCGUUAACGAUCCAUGAGUCUCCGGUGACCUGCUGCGAGUACAUCGCCGACUGCCCUGUGGACCUCAUCCCUGCACUUUACUCUGUUGGCUCCAGACAGAAACGACAGGGUUACAGUAAAAGGGAGUGGCCCAUCAGUGGUGGUAACUGGGGCCUCGGCACGCAGAGCUACCCAGAAAUCAUCAUCACCGGGCAUGCUGACGGGACCGUAAAGUUCUGGGACGCUUCCGCAAUCAUGCUCCAGGUGCUGUACAAGCUCAAGACAGCCAAGGUGUUCGAGAAGAGCCGGAACAAUAAGGAGGACAAGCAGAACACUGAGAUUGUGGACGAGGACCCGUUCGCCAUUCAGAUCAUGGCCUGGUGUCCUGAGAGCAGGAUUCUUUGCCUGGCUGGCGUGUCGGCCAACGUCAUCAUCUACCGCUUCAGCAAGCAGGACAUCACCACCGAGGUCGUGCAGCUACUGGAGGUGCGUCUGCAGUACGAGGUGAAUGACGUGGAGUCCCCACUAGAUGGGGGAGGGGGGGAUCGGGAUCCGCCCACCCCCGGAGCAGCUUCACCCAGCCCCCAGACCGCUGGGCCACCGACACACCCCUCCACCAGCAGCAACUCCUCCGACGGGGUGCGAGACAACGUGCCCUGCCUCAAGGUGCGUAGUACACCUCUGAAGCAAUCCCCAGGUUACCAAGUAGAGUUGGUGGUUCAGCUCGUGUGGGUGAGCGGAGAGCCUCCUCAACAGAUCACCAGCCUAGCCCUCAACUCCGCUUACGGCCUGAUUGUGUUUGGAAACAGCAAUGGUUUGGCGGUUGUGGACUACCUCCAGAAGACAGUGUUGUUGAACCUGGGGACAGUGGAGCUAUAUGGGUCUAACGAUCCCUACCAGAGACAGCCUCGCUCUCCACGAAAGACACGUCAGCCAUCUGGAGGUAAUGGUCUGUGCGACAUCAACGAGUGUUCUGCCUCGGAAGAUCGUUGCAAAUCCCCCACUUCAGUGUUGGCGUAUAACCAUCCACAAUUCUACAAUGGAGGUGGGGGUAGAGGAGCAAAGAUGUCACGGAAAUUAAGCUUGCCUACUGAGUUAAAGCCAGACUUGGUCCUCCUAUCUGUAUGUCCUCCACGGGGCGCCAACCCACUAGACCACCGGGACAACUCCUUCAGCCGCUCGCGCUCCUCCUCUGUCACUUCCAUUGACAAGGAGGUGCGCGAGGCCAUUACUUCCUUCCACUUCUGUGAGACGUUCGCCCGGAAGGGAGACAGCGCUGUUGCACCCUGCCUGUUUGUGGGCACCUCCCUGGGCACAGUGCUUGCUGUGGCCCUCAACCUGCCCCCUGCUGGGGAACAGAGGCUACUACAGCCCGUCAUCGUGUUGCCAAGUGGCACCGUGGCGCGUCUGAAAGGAAGCAUCCUAAGGAUGUCCUUCCUCGACAACACAGGGACCUUCCUCCCCCCCUCCUUCGAACCUUGGUACGAGCCCAACGCCACAGGGGCUGACGGCGAGGAGCGAGACAAGGCCCGUAAACGUCGACCGGUGUCCGUGUCGCCGUCCACCUCCCAAGAGCUGCAAGAAAGCCAGUACGCGGUGGUGGUCUCCGAGAAGCAGGCUAAGGUCAUAGCGCUGCCCUCCCAGAACUGCAUCUUCAAACACAGCAUCACAGAGACGUCGUUCGUCCUGAGGGCCGACGUGGUCCAGAUGAAUAUAGGCAACUGCGUGGCCUGCUUUUGUGCUAACGGACACAUCAUGGCCCUCAGUCUGCCGGGGCUGAGACCGUUGCUGGAUGUAAAUUAUCUGCCUCUGACGGACAUGAGGAUAGCCCGGACCUUCUGCUUCACCAACCUGGGCCAGGCCAUGUACCUCACCUCCCCCACAGAGAUACAGAGGAUCACGUACAGUCAGGAGACCUGCGAGAACCUGCAGGAGAUGCUAGGAGAACUCUUCACACCAGUGGAGACCCCGGAGGCUCCCAACCGAGGUUUCUUCAAGGGCCUUUUUGGGGGAGGGGCAACUUCCCUGGACAGAGAAGAACUAUUUGGCGAGACGCAGGCCGGUAAGGCAUCCCGUGGCCUUGCCCAGCACAUACCAGGUCCACAGGGUCUGGAGGGCAUGAAGGGGGCGGCCUCUGGUGUGGUGGCAGAUCUGGCGCGAGCACGGAUAGCGCUCGAUGAGAGGGGGCAGAAACUGGGCGAGCUGGACGAAAGAACAGCCGCCAUGCUGGCCAGCGCGGACUCCUUUGGGAAACACGCCCAUGACAUGAUGCUCAAGUGUAAAGACAAAAAGUGGUACCAGUUCUGAUCCGAGAGGGGGUGAGGUGGAAGGGGGGGAGAGCAGAGUUAAAAGGACACAGCUGCACCCGGACUCUACAUGCCCCCUCCUCCACCUCUCCAUCCAUCUCUCCUUCCAUCACUUCUUCCUUUGCUGGACAUUUGGGAAACUCUUAACCCUAGCACAAUGUUGUAUACUGUAUUUACCUUGGUCAAAAGGUUUCAACUGUGGAAUGGACUGGGGAGAAUGACAAACAGAGAGAAAAAAGGUUUCCUCUUUAUUUCUUAUUGUUUGUUAUUUCAUUGAUUCCCUUUCUGGCCUGCCAAUUGGACAGAGGUCUGGGGUUCACUCACCGCCAUUGUACCAUCGUCUCUUGCUCCAACCAUUCAGGGGCCUGUAUACUAAAGAGCAAAACAGACACAACUAAGAAAAAGAAAAUCAACAACGAAGAAACUACUACAAAAAAAACAAAAAAUUUAAAAAGAGGAAAAAAAAUUAUAUAUAUAUAUAUACAUAAUUAUAUAUACAUAAAUCUAUAUAAAUGAUCAACGCUGUAUUCACUUCCGACUGUCAAGUGCAAGCCAACAAGGGGACAAGUUGGGAGACUGGUGGUGGGAGGGGCAAAGGAAGCUCUACUCUAAGUCACAGGACGUGAUGUCACAGUGACAGUCGCCUCUAUGCAGAGUUGCAGGACAAGAAAAGUGAGUCAUUCUAACUGGAUCCCCUCUCCUUGCUCCAACAAGACUCCUCGUCAUAUGGAUUCAACGUUUUUGUAUUGUUCCAAACUCUAUUACAACAUUUUUCAUUUAUCUAACUUUCUGUUCAUUGUUUUGUUUUAUGCUCAGUCAGUUCUACUUGAAAACAUGUUUUAAUUCUUUCUUAAUUGUUGUGAAUUUAUGUGAAUGGUGAUUCUGUUUGAUUAUGCCAUGUUUGCCAGUAUGUGGCUUUGUCAACCUCCCAUUAAUGAAUCCUUAUUAAAAAGGGCUGGAUUUAAAUUGAGGGCAUGGAUAAAAAAGACAUAGAUGUAUCAUUCCGAUCAGGCCAUUAAUUAUGUUUCAUAUCAGGUGUCCCAUGCAUACAUCAGAAAUCUAGAAGCAAGACUGUCACGUCUUUGGUCAUUUCCUGUAGUCUUUCAUUUGACUAUUUGCUUUUUCGUUGUUGACCUCAUCACGCCAUUUACAUCUACUACAGUUUAGGCUGAAUAAGGACAUUGUAUGAAUGAUGUCAGUGUUACAGUAGUCCUAUAUGCCGCUGGUCUAUACAAUCCUAUGAGAUUGGUUUGAAGGAGUGAAGCUGUAUGGACACGUGACCUGGAGGUGCAUGUGAACUUGAAGAUUACUAUACACAUGAGGGAACAAACCUGUUGAUGUGUGUUCAUAUUUGCAGGACUGUGUACAUUUGAGCAAAGUCAUGUCUUUAAAGACCAGAACCGAUUUUGUUUUCCUUAAGAAUUGUCCUUUAAAUAACUUUGUAGGUUUGAGAGGUCUGUUUAUCCACAUUUUGUUUAUUGAAGUGGAAGAUACGCUGCUAUACAUGUGGUUGUGUCAAUAUGUUUCUGUGCCCAUCUCAGUGGUAAAAUCACUCAUUUGUAUCGCAUUCAGUGUUCUGCCAGGCUUCUCCACCAUCCUGUUGUAAAUAGGUAAAUAGUUUGACAAUCUAAGAUCAAUUGGAAAGUGUUUGAAGUUGCUAAAGCAAGCGACACAAGGACAUCUGCCAUAUUUUUUCUGACGCCAAAGAGUUACUUUAGCUUUCAUUUUGUUGUUUUAUUGCUCACCUUGCCAUUCCAGGAGUGAAUGAUGGAAAUACAAUAGACCAAGGCCUAUCUGGGGCUUUGGGAGCUGUGCAUUCUGACACAGUAACUGGGCUGUGUUCCAUUCUGAAGAUGACCGUAUGACCAUGUGGAUUCAUCCUGACAAGGGUUGGCAGGUUAGGUUGGAUCACAAUGGGUCCAAGGUCAGCAGUUAUGGAACCAUUUUUACAGAAUUGAAAGCAGCCAUUGUAUUAAAAACAUUGUGCCCUUCAUAAACGUUCUGACGUUCUAACAUGGUAUUUGGCUUAAACAUUUUAACAGCCAACACACACAUGCACCAUAAAAAGACCACAGGACGCUGCUUUGACAAGCAGUCGAUUUAAUGUUCAUCUUUGUGGUCUUUUACUGUUUUUAGUUGUAGAUUGUUCUUUGCUGUUUUGUGCAUUGACAACGUUCUUUUUCAAAUAUCUGAUUUCCAUAAUCAGUCUGGGUCCAAUUGGUUUUGUGCUAUCACCAAGAAAAUACUGAAAGAAGAGAACAGGAACUACUCAGUAACCACGGUAACGAGAGGACUUCUGCAUCAACAGGAUGAUGUAACCUCUGUGUUAAUGUGACUUCUUCAUUGACCGGCCUCGCAUGCUCUGUGUUUCAGUCUGCACACAUCAUGCUUCAACUCUCCCUCGCUCAUCUUCGAACGCAUUCUUGUCCUCCUUGCUCCAGGUUCUAAGUGGCUACUUUUUGGUGACAUUAACUAACUGGUUGAGUCUCCUCUGUGUUCUAGAAAGCAUUGUUGUGUGGAUGUCGGUAAGUAGCAUUACUUCAAUCUUCCAAGAAGAAGAAAAAAAAACUUCAGGAAGUAAAAAAACCUAGUCUGAUUGAGGUCCUCUACCUGUUAUAGAUCAUUUGUUUUUCUGUUUCAUUUUUCUAUUAGUUUUCUCUUGUCUUUGAGUGAGCUAUUUCUUGUCCACACAAUCAGUAUGCAGUAUCCCUACCUGGUAUGAUUCAUAUUCAUUUAUAAGAGGGAGUCUGUUCGCCAUAAUCCCAUUUAUGUCCUGGAUUUAACAAUUAUCAGUGGGUUGCAGUACUUUCUCAUUGUAGCCAAUUUUCUUGUACAGUUUUAUGCAAAUUUCACAUGGAUGUUUAUGACUAUCUGCUGCCACAAACAAUUUAGAAAUUCUGUAGAUAGAAAUUACUGUGCAACGGAAAAUAAAAGUGGAAAAAAUGUA